AUGUCGCCCGUGGAACACUUGGUCCCGGGUGCGGCGGCUGCGAAGUCUUCGGCGUGUGCAGAAGCGGCGGGGGCCGGCCAGCUUUUGGUCAUCCUCGACUUCGACCGAACUCUGACCAGCAACUUCAUGCCAGACGGAGCGCGGGUCACCUCGGCGCACGGGAUCUUGGAAGCCGCCAGCGUUUUGUCCGAGACCUUCCAAGCCAAAGCCAAGGAACUCUUCAGCAAGUACUACCCCAUCGAGAUUGACGCUGUCAUGCCCAUUGAAGAGAAGAUUCCAAUCAUGAGCGAGUGGUACGGGCAAGUGCACGAGCUCAUGUUGAAGGAGUCCGUGACCAAAGACAACAUCGCGGGGGCCGUGUCUGGCUGCAAGACCAUCCGACUGCGCGAUGGCAUGCUGGACUUGCUCCAGGCCUGCCAGACACAUGACCCAGUGAUCCCAGUGAUCAUUAUGUCAGCUGGCCUGGGUGAUGUUAUCGAGGAGUUCCUUCGACAAGUGCCCUUUGAACUGGGGGCGAGUACCCACAUCGUCUCCAACAGGAUGGCCUUCGACGCGGCGGGGCGGCUGGUGGAGUUCUCAGAGCCCCUGCUCCACAUGUUCAAUAAGACCGCGGCCUUUUUCCCCGAGGCCACCAAGGAGCUGGUGAAGGGCCGGCGCUUCUGCAUGCUCUUCGGGGAUGGGGUGGGGGACAGCACCAUGGCCGACGGCCUCGAAGUAGAGACGCUGAAGGUUGGCUUCCUGAACGAAAAGGUGGAGGAGAGAUUGCUGGAGUUUCAGCAGAAGUUCGACGUGGUGGUCACGGGGGAUGGGCCAGUGCCGGAGCUCGCCUUCGCAGCGAUCGGCGCGAAGUCGGCGGCGUUGGAGCACGCCGGAGCCAUCUACACCUCGCUCUUGGCGUGCUCGUCGUUUGCGAAGUACAAAAUGGCGCUGCCGCUCCUGCGGCUUUUGGCCGCGGGGGCGGCGGUGUGGGCGGCGUCCGCGACCCGGUCUGUCGGGAGCAGCCUGUCGCUGCAUCCCACCCCGGCCAUCUGCAGAGUGCGAUGCCGCACGGAACAGUCGUGCACGGACUGGCCGGCUACCUGCCUGGACUGCCCGGUCUGCGAGGAUUUCCGGAAGCAGCCGGACGUCGCGCCGGAGGAGUGUCCCAGCUACUGCAUCAAUGCUAAGUGGUGCAUCCUGAUGAGCUCGGUGUGCACCCCGCAGCGGUGCCCCCACAUCUGCGCGGAUGAGACGGGGGCGGCGCCGGUGGUGCCGGCGGAGAUGCGGCCCCUGAACGAGCUGAUGCUGGAGCUGGAGGGCUUAGUCGGCCUCGGCCAGGUGAAGAGCCAGAUGAAGGAGCUGAUCGCCCAGGUAGACUUCAACCUGCAGCGCAGCAAGCUGAGCCUCCCGGACAUCGGGGGCCAGUCGUUGCACAUGGCCUUCUUAGGGAACCCCGGCACGGGGAAGACUGUGGUGGCCCGCAUCGUGGGGGAGCUGCUGGUGACCAUGGGGGCCAUCAAGCGCCCGACCGACGGGACCUCCGGCCCGGCGAGCAUCGUGAAGGAGGUGAGCCGCGCGGAUCUGGUGGGCGAGCACGUGGGCUCCACCGCGCUGAAGGUGAGCAAGGCCUUCGAGGAGGCAAUGGGCGGGGUGCUCUUCAUCGACGAGGCCUACUCCAUUGUCCAGGGCGACCGGGACUCCUUCGGGAAGGAGGCGGUGGAUACCAUCAUCAAGCUCAUGGAGGACCACCGGGACCAGAUCAUCGUCAUCUUGGCGGGCUACCAGAAGGAGAUGGCGGACUUCAUUGCGGCCAAUCCUGGGUUCAAGAGCCGAGUGGCCUUCAACUUCAACUUCCCCGACUAUACAUGCCCCGAGCUCGUGGACAUCGCCGAGCGGCUCAUGAAGAGCAAGAACGUGGGGCUGUCGGCCACCCGGGCCGACGUGUGCCAGGGCCCGGACACGCCCAGCGCCUGCGAGUGGCUCAAGAGCGCCAUCCGCUUUCGGACUGGCUGCUGCGAGGCCGCGGACUGCGGGAAGAAGGAGAACCGUGCCAACGGCAACGGCCGCACGGUGCGCAACGUGCUGGAGGCCUCUUACCGGGAGAUGGCGUCCCGCGUGCUGACCACCUUCACCCCCGGGCUGCUGCAAGACUACGACUCGGCGAAGCGCCCCGCGGUCCGCGGGCGGGGCAAGGAGGCGACGCCGGAGCCGGCGCUGCACUGCGGCCGCCGCUUCGAGCGGCUGCGCGCCGGAGGUCCUUACAGCUCGAUGCAGGACGUGGGCGACGCAGACGUUCGUUGUGCGUUUCGUCUUCUGGAUGAGAGUGACUUGCGCAGCUCUACGGCUGCGUCCCUUGGAGAACAGCUGCAAGCGAACUGUCAGACAACGAAGACGCCGGUCACAGUGAAUGUGAGCAGCACUCUGGAGACGCUUUCCCCGGCCAGCCUGGAUUGGGACCGGCUCCAUCAGGGCUUGUACCACGAGCGCGAGUGCUCCCGGGUCCAGGCCCUGCUGAGCUCCGGGAGCCUCCUGCAGCUCUCGGCUGUCCCCUCCUCCCACUCGGACUCGGAGGACGAGCGGUGCAAGUACUGCACCAACGAGGGCAUGUGCACUAUGAGGAGGAGCAUUUGCGAAGGUUGCGCCAGCU